AGGCCACGGCUGUGGCUGCCAGUGCUGGUGGCCAUGCGAGCCCACAUGCCUGGGGCAGCUGACACAGCUUUCUGGACAGCAGACGCCUGCACACAGCCCAGACCAGAGGGGAGCAACCCCGAAGCUCCCUAUCACGCUUUUGGCUGCAGCAUCUUCCCCUCCAGCAUGGUCCCAGCGGCUGAGCAAGCUGGUGCUGCCCGGCAGCAGGACGAAUUGGAGGAUGCAACCUGUCCGCUCCUCUUCAUCCAGCUCAACCAGCUCCUCAGCACACCGGCAGGGCUGGAGUGGAGAGAGACAGCGAGGUGGAUAAAGUUUGAGGAGAAGGUGGAAGAUGGCGGGGAGCGCUGGAGUGCACCCCAUGUCCCAGCUCUAACCCUGCACAGCCUCUUCCAGCUGAGGACUUGCCUGCAGAACGGGACAAUACUCCUGGAUCUGGAUGUCUCCAGUUUCAAGGAAAUAAUUGAUAAGGUGUUUUCCGGGCAGCCUGAGGAAGCAGAGCUGCAGGCUGAGCUGAGGGAGCACCUGGCAGCCCUCCUGCUCCGUCAGCCAUGGCACCAGCUCACCAAAUCCCCGAUGCAGCUCCUCACCGAGCUCAGCCUCUCUCCCUGCCGAGGAAAGUCCAAAAGCUGGGCUGGAGCCCAGCUCUCUGAAGCACCUCAUAAAGAGCAGCUGAGAAACCGGUUCAGGAAAAAGGUCCCACCGGGGUCUGAAGCAGCCCACAUUGCUGUUGGUGAAGUUGAACUCCUGGAGAAGCCCUUCACCGCCUUCAUCCGCCUCAGGCAAGGAGUGAAUCUCGGCUCUCUGGCUGAAGUUGCUCUCCCCAGCAGGUUCCUCUUCAUUCUGCUGGGUCCCCGAGCCAAAGCAAAAGCCUACCAGGAGGUUGGCAGGGCCAUGGCCACACUGCUGGUGGAUGAGGUCUUUCAGAGAGUUGCCCGGCAGGCUGAGCACCAAGAGGACCUCAUCGCAGGGAUGGAAGCGUUCCUGGAUGAGCUGACUGUGCUUCCUCCUGGGAAAUGGGACCCCAAUGCCCGCAUUCCUCCACCGAGCUGUCUGCCAUUUCGGAGGACCACUGUCCACCCGCCGGAUCAGCAGUCCCAUGGCAACAGGGACAUGGCGGCAGCUGAGGACAGGGAGGAGCUGGAGAGGACGGGCAGGCUUUUUGGGGGGCUGCUGCGAGACAUCCGAAGGAAGGCCCGGUGGUACAGCAGUGACUUCUCUGACGCCCUGCACCCCCAGUGCCUCUCAGCAGUGCUCUACAUCUACCUGGCGACAGUCACUAAUGCCAUCACCUUUGGCGGCAUGCUGGGGGACGCCACAGCCAACAUGCAGGGUGUGCUGGAGAGCUUCCUGGGCACAGCCUUUGCUGGCUCCAUCUUCUGCCUGUUUUCCGGCCAGCCCCUGACCAUUCUGAGCAGCACUGGCCCCAUGCUGGUCUUUGAGCGCCUCCUCUUCUCCUUCAGCCAGGACCACAACCUGGACUACCUGGAGUUUCGCCUCUGGAUUGGCCUCUGGGUGGCCUUUUUUGGCGUGGUGUUGGUGGCCACCGAGGCCAGCCACCUGGUGCAGUACUUUACCCGCUUCACCGAAGAAGGCUUCUGCGCCCUCAUCAGCUUGAUAUUCAUCUAUGACUCCCUGAAGAAGAUGCUGAGCCUAGCGGACACCUUCCCCAUCAACUGGCAGUACCGGCUGGACAACAUCACCUCCUACAGCUGUGUCUGCAACCUGUCUGGCCCUGGUCACAGCUCCACAGGGAACACCACGUGGCUCCCCUCGCCCCCAACUCCCCGGCAGCCUCCCGCUGUCCCAAUUGGGCUGAGCAAGACCCAGUGCCUGGGCCAAGGUGGGCACCUCCUGGGGACCAGCUGCCAGUACGUGCCUGAUGUCACCCUCAUCUCCUUCCUGCUCUUCGGGGGCACCUUCCUCUCCUGCACGAUGCUCAAGCACUUCAGGAGCAGCCGCUACUUCCCUACAGGGGUGCGGAAGCUGGUGAGCGACUUUGCCAUCAUCCUGGCCAUCCUCGCCUCCUGUGCCAUUGAUGCCACCCUGGGCCUGGAGACCCCCAAGCUCCUCGUCCCCAGUGAACUGAAGCCUACAAACCCAGCGCGGGGCUGGAUCAUCUUUCCCUUUGGAGCCAACCCUUGGUGGGUCUGCCUGGCAUCUGUGGUGCCCGCUGUCCUUGUCACCAUCCUCAUUUUCAUGGACCAGCAGAUCACAGCUGUCAUCCUUAACCGCAGGGAGUACAAGCUGCAGAAAGGAGCAGGCUUUCACCUGGAUUUCCUCUGCGUCUCCCUUCUGAUGGUCUUUACCUCUGUCACUGGGCUCCCCUGGUACGUCUCAGCCACAGUCAUCUCCCUGGCGCACAUGGAGAGCCUGAGGAAAGAAGGCGCAACCUCAGCCCCUGGCGAGCAUCCAGAGUUCCUGGGCAUCAGGGAGCAGAGGCUGACUGGGCUGCUAGUCUUCAUCCUGACCGGGGUCUCCGUCUUCAUGGCACCCGUUCUUAAGCACAUCCCAAUGCCAGUGCUGUACGGGGUCUUUCUGUAUGGAGUGGCAGCGCUGAAUAGCAUCCAACUCACAGACCGUGUGCGUCUGCUCCUAAUGCCAGCCAAGCACCAGCCAGACCUCCCCUACCUCCGCCACGUGCCCCUGCGCCGGGUGAACCUCUUCACCAUCAUCCAGCUGCUGUGCCUGGUCCUGCUCUGGGUCAUCAAGUCCACUGCAGCUGCUAUUAUGUUCCCAGUGAUGCUGGCACUGGUGGGGAUCCGGAAGGGACUGGAGCGUGUUUUCUCCCUGCAUGACCUGAGCUGGCUGGACAGCCUCCUGCCUGAGACAGCUGCAAAGAAGGCAGAGGGGCAACAGCGCAGGCAGCGGAAGGAGGAAAAGAGCAAUAGUGAGGAGUCCGAGCCAAUGCACCACCAUGGACCAGAGAUCAACAUCUCCGUCAAUUAGGGAUCACAGCCAGGC